GUAAUGAGAAUAUUCAAGUUUCUCCUCCAUCACCAAGCGGAAGAUAAACUUCUUUGCCCGCUCCAGCCUCCAGACGCUUGAGACCCCCAAAAAUUUCCGCCGAAAGUGCAUUGCUCCCUGAUAUCAUCUUUUCAUUUCUACAAUCACCUUUAUCUAGCCCCAAAUUCUAGGGUUUGUUUUAUAUGCUAAAUUGCCCCAUUUGAUGAUGUUGCGGAGGUCUGCUUUGGCCUUUUCGAGUCGUCGAUUGAGCAUUGGGAGAGCACCAAGGCAGACUUCAACACCUCAGAUAUUUUCAUGUCCUAGAAGGGAAUUUUCUUCUGCAUCACCACACCCUCCUUCAACAGGGAAGCCAAAUGAGACGGGGAAGAAUUUGUCAAAAGUUCUUUUCGGGAGUGCUGCAAUUAGUGCAUGUUUGUAUGCAGCUUAUUCAGAAGGCUAUUUAAAUGAUAUUUUAGGUACUAAGAAGCAAAGUAUUGAUACUUCAAAAGUGGAUGAUUCAAAUUCUGAGAAGGCACCAUUAAGUGAUGGACGCUUACACGAUUUCCAAAACAUUAAAGAGCUUGAAAAUUUACAUAAUAGCAAAGACGCUGAAACUCUUAAUUCUCAUGUGAGGGAAGCUGAUGAAGCUGAAAUUGAUUCAUUUGCUAAAAGUUCAUCUAAUAUGACUGAAGAGGCGCCUACACACCCGAAGGAGAAAGGUUUGUCAAAACUUGCUGAUGGUAUUCUAGAAAAAGGGGCAAACGUGUCUGAAUCUUCUACAGAGGAUACAACAAAAAAUGCAACUCGAAGUUCUCAAAAAUUACAUGGAUAUAGUUCAGACUCAAAGUCUUCAGGAGAAAAAGUUAACUUUGAGCAACAUGAAGAAAAUGAAAACCUGCCAACAGAUACUAAUGUUGGCAUAGUUGUCCAAGAAAGCCAUAAGGAUAAAGAUGAGAUAGAUGAGGUUAAAUCAGAAAAUGAAUUUGGGGAUGUAUUGGAUUCAAAACAGGGGCCAUCAACAUCCCUUUUAGAUACAUAUAACUUGAAAGACAAAGUUGCCGACGGAGCUUCAACCUUAAAUGGACGUACUAUUACAAAUUCUUCAAAUAAGGAAGAGAAUUCACUAGGUGCAUUAGGAGAUCUAGAAGAUUCUUACAAAUUUAAGGAUGGAAAAUUGAUAUUGGAUUUCUUGCAAGCCAUUCAUGCUGCUGAACAAAGGCAAGCAGAGUUAGAUGCGUGUGUCUUUGCUGAAGAAAAGAGGGCUAUGAAGGGUACAUAUGAGAAAGAGCUGAAAGAUGCAAGGGCGCGUGAACUCAUGUAUGCCGAAGAAGCAGCUAUGUUAGAAAAGGAGAUAAAGAAAGAAAGAGCAAAAGCUGCUGCAGCCCUCAAGUCUCUUCAGGAAAGGGCUGAAGAGAGACUGAAGAAGGAACUAGAAGAAAAGGAAAAAGAAGCAGAGUCAAAGGCGAAAGAAGCUCAGGACAUUGCAAAAGCUGAACUUGCUGCAGCAAUUGCACGAGAAAAGGCAGCGCAGAUUGAGAAGAUGGCUGAAGCAAAUCUAAAUAUAAAUGCUCUGUGUAUGGCAUUUUAUGCACGAUCAGAAGAGGCUCGUCAGACUCACUCCAUUCACAAACUUGCUUUGGGUGCGCUUGCUUUGGAAGAUGCACUCUCAAACGGGUUGCCUGUUCAGUCAGAGUUAGAUGCACUGCAAGUAUACAUUGAAAAUGUCGAUAAGGACUCAUUAUUGCAGUUGGCGCUAUCAAGUAUUCCAGAAGAUGUACGACUUCAUGGCAGUGAUACAAUCCUACAAUUAAAUCAGAAGUUCAAAGCCUUGAAAGGGAAUUUGCGGCACUUCAGCUUAAUUCCUCCAAGCGGUGGCGGUAUUUUGGCACACUCCUUGGCUCAUGUAGCAUCCUUUUUAAAGGUCAAGGAAACUGAUGAAUCCGGAGAUGGUAUUGAAUCCGUGCUAAACAAAGUCGAGAGCCUAAUAACCCAAGGAAAUCUCAGAGAGGCAGCAGAUGUGCUUGAGAAUGGUGUUAAAGGUAGCAAAGCCACUGAACUUGUGAAUGAUUGGGUGAAAAGAGCCAGAAACAGAGCCAUCGCUGAGCAAGCUUUGGUUCUUGUUCAGUGUUAUGCUGCUUCUAUCAGCCUUACUUGAAGUCUCGCCUUGUGUAAGUGUUGAACCCGCUCUCCCCCCAAAAAGUAUGGGAAAAUCUACCUUUUGAAAGAUAUCAAAUCAUUUUGUAAAACAGGUUUCUUUUCAUUUUUGGGAGACCAACUUAACAAAAACAGAAUAAAGAGAUUGAUGGAUCAUUCCAUUACAUCCUACAGGCAUAUUGUAAUGGAUGAUAAUGAGUUUUGUGUAGAUUAGCAGAGUAAAACGCGUUUAUUUUGAUAGUGUCAACUGUCAAUAACCCGAGGAGGGAAAAGAAUGAAGUUUUGGUUCGUACUAGUACUAAUAUUUUCUUUUCUUGCUUCUA